AUGCCAAAAUACGCCAAGUUUUUGAAGGAUAUGGUGUCAAAGAAAAGAAGCACAGGAAAGUUCGCUAUGGUGGCAUUGACGCAAAAAUCAAACACUAUAAUCCCACCGAAGAUAUACGAACCAGGCAGCUUUACGAUACCCUGCUCAAUUGGAGGGAUCUACAUCGGUCAAGCACUAAGCAAUCUUGGGACCAGCAUAAAUUUAAUGCCCCUUUCAAUCUUCAAACAGUUGAAUGUGGUUCAAUUGACCCCCACGACGGUGACUCUUCAGCUUGCAGACAAGUCUCUAGUACACCAUGAAGGAAAGUUGAAGGAUGUCUUGGUUACAAUCAAUAAAUUCAUUCUACCGGCAGACUUCAUCAUUCGAGAUUAUGAGGCGGACAAAGAUGUGCCAAUCAUAUUAGGACAACCAUUUUUAUCUACUGGUCGUGCUUAA